AUGUCGGGCGGCAAUGAAGUGUCUGUCCAAGCAGACAUUACGUCGAUUCCGGGAGCAGCUCUGGACACUGUCAGCUUCACCCAGGGGCUUUUACGGGCAGUUUCUGCCGACAAUGUCAACCACAAUGCUGUGAUACAGGUCCAGGCAAUCGGCGCCUGCUUCCAAUGCAACGGUCCCUGGGCAGCAAAAGUGCCAGAUCUUCUGUCUCGAACUUCAUGUGUUAGACUCGAGAGACUCUCUAGCUGGAUUGGAUGGGAAAAAAACGAUGUGCCGGCUUUUAUGAGCCGUACGGCAGGUGGACGAUCUGCGGCCCUGCUCUGCUGUGCGCUCGGCAGCCUCUACUCGAGCGGUCAAUGCGGCAUGGCAUUGUUCGAUAUCGGUCGAGAUAUCCUACCCCUAGAGCAGCAAACAUCUUCACCCAUUCAGCUAGGAGAUGUUUGUAUGGUCCUAGAAAGUAAGCUAGGAUGUCUCGGAUUCGGAAACCAUUUUGGUCUCCAGGUCACCCGACUAAGGCAGUGUUUCUGGGACGCUGGCUUGGAGAUCCCGGGAGACCUAGCCGACAAGCCCACGGAAACAGAUAUGCAUGCAUUUCUCAUCAAGUUUCGAGCUGCCCUCCUGGAAGAGAGUCUAAUUCUUCACUACUCUGGGACGAGAUCUUCGGGGACCUUCCUAAGCUUAGUGCUUGCUAUAUGCCCCGAAGACGUCUUGGUAGAAGUAAACGGAGGGAUUAUUAUGCGUGGAUGCCGAGACAAUGUUAUCUUUUCAAUAUCUAGUUCACCGAACUCCCAGGCAGAAAUUCAACUGGAAACAAAGCUGAACCCUCAUACAGCAGACCUUCACAAACGCCAUAUUAUUGUUGAAAGCCAACAUGAAUUCAACCGACAACUCAACUUCUCAUUUAACGGCAUGCUGUCGAGUCAACUAGACAUUGCUUUUGCAAUGGCAGGCGCUAAUCCACGAGUAUCGCCAAAACUUGUCGUGGCGAAUUUCAUUGCGUCCAUGGCAAUGUCAUUUGAAGGGAAAGACUUUUACCGCGAAAACUCCAGCGACUUUUUUCGAGCGCAAAUGCUUCCAGCUCAAGGGUUCAGGACUGCUCUAGGGCCAAUGUAUCGAACCAUCAUUCGUGAUCGCCUGGAGAAAGUGCUUUGCCGGCCUGCCGACGUGUUGCAAGACCCGGCUACUGAGCACAGGGCCCUGAAGAACACCAUCUCAGCGGCGCUGCCUUUCUCACAUUGUAUAUGUGGAAUAUGCGCCACUGGAGAUCCAUGGAACGACGAGAAACACCCGAAAGCCAAUACGAUCGCCGGCAAAAAGUGGAAAAUAUGUCCGGUCAAUACGCUCUGGUCGACCGUAGGCUACGUUAUGCACGUCGCGCUACUGACCCUCUUCGUGGAAGCAUCCCCAAACAGUUCCAUGAGGCUUCAACCCGGUCUCUUUAUCCAUCGUUUUGGAGACAUUUACUGCAGAUUAUUGCGUCGGGAUGUCUACCAGGGUCAAUUUAUGGUCGAUACAAUACACGGGGACAUUUUGAAGUUCCUCGGGCGCUGGGGAACAAUUCUUUCCGAAGCACACGAACGACAGGAAGAAGAACCACCCAUUAUAUGCAGCAGUUCCAGUACUUCGACGAUCUACCCCAGUACUCUUGCGUACCCAACUCUAAGUAAUCCAUGGGUUAUACAGUACGACUUGGUGGAAGGAAGGUUACACCACGCCUCCGACUGCUAUGAUUUCAUUAUUUGCGCAAUGCCAGGUAAAAAAGAAAUAAAAAAUACAGCUAGAUCAAAAGCAAAGUCAUCCAUCAAGCAGGGCACGAUUACUCAAUCGGGACUUGGUGAGCACAGCAGCCUUCUGAUGACUUUGCGUCCUGCUAUAAUACAAGGACGCCGUGCCCUUGUUCUACGAUGUCUGAUUAGGCAAGUCAACGGCACUAUUAACGUCAACUUUCUGGAUAUUCACCUGGGGUUUAUGAGUCUCACUCCGGCUGACGGUUGUGAACACAAUCUUUCGACACCUCUUGUUGUUUCAGACUCUGCGUACCUUGUGAAAGCCACAUCCGUUAUGGAACCCGUCCCUGCGGGCAAAUAUGAGAUUGGAAUGACGCUGACACACCGGAAUAAAGAAUCUCAGUUCCUUUGCUGUGCCCCAGAUAUCACGCAGCUAUACCAAGGCGAUUGCUGCAUGCUAUGCGCUAUUAUACAGGCUAAACGGGAGGGCUAUAAAGUAGUAAUUGGCGGCUUACCGAGCGCUUAUCACGUUAUUAAUGACGGAAUGGCCUAUCGAAACGCAGAUUGA